CUGUCCCAUUAGCUGACUGGGAGUUCGGAGCUGGGAGCACCGGGGGAAUGUGUCAUUGUUUACUCCUGUAGUACAGGUGUUUUGGACCGCCUAACUAACUAACUAAUCUAUUCAUCAGUAAACUCCGUAUAUCACCGAGAGUUGAGGCAGAGCAGCUGGAGGACAUCAGAGGGAAAACCAGAAAAUAUUCCCUCCAUAAAAUAUGAUCCAGAUCAGAGUCCUCAGUAUGAUAGCUUUGAGCCGACUGUCCUUCAAUGGCCAGAAGCACCAUUGUGGCAGCAAGGCAUGUAUAGUCGAUUUAUGCACUCUGAUGUCGAUCAGAGUCCUCCAUAACUUUCCACCACUGGUUAGUCCGUUGCAGAUAAAUGGCUGCGGGCUCUCUAAGAGAACAGGUGCGUCCUUGACAGGUAAUAGUGGAGAAACAGGAAAUGGACUCAUUCGUUAGCAAACACAAACCAGUACGACCCUUAUUUCAGCACAAAAAUGAACAUGAAGGCAGGGGGAAAAUACUUUGACCGGCCUGACAGACGACAUGAGACAACCUUUGCUUCUUAUCAUUGUGCUACUGGCAGUCCUCCUCUCUGCCAGUGUGCUGGCUCAGGACCAGGUACAAAUCCAGUUCCAGACAGACCCGGUGCUGGUUCAAACUGGUACUGAGAUAGUGUUCACGGUGCUGACAGUCUCCCAGGUCUUUUCCAUCAUAUGGCAGUACCAAGGAGGAGUCACUCUGGGUCAGUGGGUCGGAGGAAGCUCAGUGGUUAAUCCGGUGGCCCAGUUCCAGGGCAGGGUCACCAUCACUGCCACCCAGCUCCGAAUCGGAGGUGCCCAGCUUCGAGAUGCGGGGAACUACAAUGUGGAGGUAACUCCGUUGGCUCCAACAGGCCUGGCCACUAACUCCAGAUCGAUACAGCUGAGGGUGUUUGAUGCAGUGGCCGGGGUGAGUCUGUUUGUUCCCUCAGUGGCGGUGGAGGGGAGAAAUGUGUCUCUGAGGUGUACGUGGACUGCUGGGACAGAGAUUACAGUGCAGUGGGGCAAAGGAGGUGCAGCCAUCACCGCCGACUCCAGGAUCACCUUCUCAGGAGGCUUUCUGAUCAUCAACCCAGCCAGACGGGGUGAUGCCGGGGAGUACACCUGUACCGUCAGCAACCUUGUCAGCGCCCAAACUGCCACACAGAGCCUCACUGUCUACUAUGGCCCUGACACCCCUGUGCUGACCAAGGUCACCCCGAAAGAGUGUGUCGGGGGAGUGGAUGUGUUGGUGGGACAGACGGUGCGUCUUACCUGCAUGUCUGACUCACUGCCCCCUGCCCUCUUCUCAUGGCAACGUGACGGACAGCUGGUCGCAUCUGGCCAGCCGGACAGCGGGGUGCUCAGUAUUCAGACUUUCUCAACCAAUGAGAGUGGCCGUUAUGUCUGCACGGCCAGAAACAGCAUCACUGGAGGCACGUCGGAGCAGGGGACAGUCUUGGCCAUCGUAGGCACAUGUCUUAAUGUGGGGGAAGUGGUGGGGAUUGUGAUUGGCUGUUUGCUGCUGAUCAUAAUCAUCGUGCUCCUCAUCGUGAUCAUUGUCUUUCUAGUGCGAAAGAGGAGGGCACAACAGAGACAAAGAGAUACUGUUUUUGUGCAGAAGACCGACCCAAAUCCAAGGCCUAUACCUCCAGAUCCACAACCUAAUGGUGCAAGGGAUUUGGGCCAUGGUCCCCACCCCCCCCUCUAUCACUUGAACACACACACACGCCACCCUGACCGCUUAUACACAGCCCCGCAUGAAAACCCUGGCAACCCACAGACACUGCUGCUGCACGCCUUGCAUAACUCCGACACACGCCAACACAAUGGUCGUACCCACACAAAUAGACUCCUACACAAUUCUAUUCAGAACACCAAUUCAUACCCAAACCAUGGCAUUGACAACCCAGCUUUCACACACACUGAUGCUCAGAAUGCAAACGCACUCCCAAACACACAGCAUCAAAAUCCUAACAUUGUCAUACAGGCUGGCACUGCCCAGGGUGGCGUCCAGCCGCCGGCGGUCCACGUCAGCCUUAAUGCGCUGCCACAAACUGCCCAGCAAAACAACAAUGCACAAAUGCCCACCAUUCAUGUUAAUCUUAACUCAUACUCACGCAAUGGCCAACAGACUCAGCAAGACAGCUCAUUUCCUCUUACCAAUACAGCCAAUAAUAACGGUUCACAAACCCAGCAAAACUUGAUACAUACAGGGCAAUCAAAGCCCAGAAUGCAAAGUGGGCCGUCCUAUCAUAGUGACCCCUGGCGGAAUAGUCACCAAGAUCAGCCUGGGCUUAUCCCGACUGGAUACACACACAGUAAUAACACUUCUCAGCGAAACGCCAACACACAGACAUACCAGCAGGAGCCAGAGCCUCAUAGUAGGUCUGAUAGAAACUCAGGUAGACAUGAUACCACUGCCAGCUCCUCCCGUCGACAGAUGCCAUGGGAUCGCCUCAGAGGGACACCAGCGUAUCCCGGCGGCACGCUUCAAAGAGGACAAACAUCACCUGAGUUCGCCUCUGACACAGACUACACUACCCAUCCUCCCAUACGAGAGGCAAGAACGGCAAACAGAUCUCAGCCUCAACCUCAGAGCCAAAGCACUUCCUGGAGCAGAGCUCCACCCAGACAAGAUGCACCAUCAGUGACCAGACAGACACAGAGCCGUUCAGCUGAUCUUCGAGGCCCAAACACUCGCAGUGCAACACAGCUUGAGGACGCACACCACACACAGAGAAGUCCUCGCACACAAAGGGAGAGUGCUCAGCGAGACAUCAGAGGUUCGCCUGGUAGCCAGACCGCCCCCAGGCAGGAAGUCACACACAGCAGUAACCCCCGGGCACUGCCUCUCAUGAGCCAGCAGGCCUCUGUAGGCCGCUCUGCUGUGUCACAAGGACCCACAACACAACAGGGACUGACUGCACCGCAGGGUGCAGAUACAAGAGCUUUGGCUGAUCCUAAUCACCUUCCACAGGCACACAUGGCCCAACAACACAGAGCAGCACCGAUCCAAACACAACCACAAGGCCUGGGCACACAGACACAGCCUGUCAUACGUGGUGCCAAUCAACCUCGCCAAGGAGGCACUGCUCCAGUCCCAUACUCUUCUGCUCAGCCUAAUCUCAGUAACCUAACCCAGGCUGCACUUACAGCCCACACUGAGAGGGCUGAAACAUUUCAGAAUCGGAAACAACAGACCCAGGCUGCCCUGCUUCACUCUGGACCACAGGCUCAAGCUCCAGCUGCUGGGGCUGAGCACCCACCAACUCCUCCUCCUGUUAUCCCCCUUGCACAGUUCCAGACCCUCCCCAAGAAGCGCACCCAGCACAAAUCCCCAAUUAGAGGUCCUCAGCCCCCCAGGCCUCCUGUUAACAUACCGGUGGCUCAACGACACCUGCAAGUACAACAGCGGCCCAAUGUGCAGCACCAUCCUGCCAUGAUGCCCGCCAACAAUCACCACCAUCCUGGAAAUGGACCCAUGCAUGUCAGUGCACACAGGCAUGCCCAUGCCCAUGCCCAUGCCCAUGCCCAUGCCCAUGCCCAUGCCCAUGCCCAUGCCCGUGGACACGGCCAACCUGCCCACUUCACCCAGCCACGGCAGCAACAGACUCACAGAGGGAGACCAAGAUGAUGACAGAUGUCAGCAGACUACACACUGUCCCACAUCCACUGACAUAAACAAACAGCUGACAGACGUGAUCCAAUAUACCACCAAGCAAGACUGACUGCACAAGGUUCUGCACUCAAAAAAGCUGUCAUACCCUGCUAUCUCAUUCCUGAAGUCAGUUUUUUAUUUUUUAAUGAAAGAAAUGAACAUGGGGAUGACCCUUUUUGGAAUACAGUCCUGCUCCCUAGAAAAGAAAAAAUAAAUAAAUAAUCUCAAAGAAAGAGGCUUGAUCUGCCCUUUUUAAUAUUUACUAAAAGAAAUAAGCUAAAUGAUACUGAAGGAUUUUUAUAUAAAAUGCUCCCCCAUCAACAACCUCUCUCUCCAAACACACACACACACACACACACACACACACACACACACACACACACACACACACACACACACACACACACACACACACAUGCUGUUACCUAGACCCACAUGUACUAUUUUGAUUUCUGAAGCAUUGGUCAUGCAUCAAACUUUACCAAGAGCCUACUCAGAGAAGACAAGCUCAGUGAUCCAUACCUCUUGACCAUCCCCUCAUCCAUUCAUCAUCAAAACUCAUCAUCAAAACUAAACAACACUCAAAAUGCAUUUGAGGUGCUUGCAUGACUAUCUGUGUGUAUCUCACACUUAAGAAGAUCUAAUAGUGUCAGACAAAUGAGAAGGGACUCUGCACAAGAUCGACGUGGCCCCUGGGAACAGUGACAAUUAUGAAAGAAGAAAUUAGCCGUAGGGGUGGUCUUAAUGUACAUGGAGUUAUUUAUUUUGCGCCUUCUGUUUACAGAUGCCUCUCAUGACACUUCUCAAUUAAGGGGAUUCGCCUCAGUGGCGCUCAGAAGUAAUGCUCAGCUAACUAUGAAGGGGAUCCCAUGAAUGGAUGGGCGCUUAUUAAUUAAAUGCUUUUAUGUGACUUAAAUUACUUGGAAACUAAUCACACCCGUGCAUGAAUGAGGUCAGUACAAAGACCUGAGCUGCCACGCUUUCUGCUGAAAAAGCACAGUGUAACAAUUUACUGUCUGCACUGGGUCAUGGACAGCACAUUAAAAUGGUGGGAUGUCGUUAUUACUCUUGCAGAUUAUGUAUUUAUUGAUGUAUAAAGUUUUUGUGUUUUUUUUUUUACGCUCAGGAGUAGGAGGAAUAUCUUGUAAAAUGUAUUAUUUAGGUUGCACCAAUUGAUAUCAUUGCUAUUAUUAUUAUUAUUGUUGUAUAGUGUGACCAAAUUUGGAAUUUCAAGGAUAAGGCUGGUGAUAUUUUAUAUUUCUCUUAUUGUCAACAAAUCCAAUGACAAGACCAAAACCAACAAUGAACUGAUCAUACUAACAAGUAUUGUUAGCCUGUGUAGCCAAAAUGUGAUAUAUCUCAUUCCUGUGUGCCGUAGAGCUCCGUUGUUAUCCAAAAACGAAUGAAUCAGUAAGCCACACAGUUGCACUGGGUGACAUGGUCCAUCAUUACCAUAAACAUGGGAACUGUAGUUUAUUGGAGUCGAUCGCACAUAUAUUAUCCUGCCGCUGUAAAUUCUCACUAGAGCACCAAAUGCUCCCAACAAAUGCACUAUUUACAGCUCUGUGAAUAACAUUUGCUAAAAGCUACAGUGUCCAGCUGUUGAAGGAAGUUACUUGAUUGAUUUUGAAAACCAAACUAUAUGUUUAUUAAAAAAAAAUAAAUAAAUAAAUAAAUGUUUUCAGUAGAAACAGAUGGGCUUGGGGCUGAGAACCACAAACAGGUUAGGGAAGUCAAACGUAUUUAGAAACAGACUAAUGCAUAGUUGUUUUUUGUCUUUUCGUGGGAUUUGUUGACAAAUUUAAAAAACAGAAUAAUCCCAGCCUUAUCCUUUAAUAUCACAAUACAUAAACUCAACAUCCAAAUUUGAAAACCAGCAUGAACAAAUACACAGCACAUCUUCCAGCUCCAACCAAACAUCUGGAGCAUCAGAUUUACUUGACUGCCUUGAAAAAUGGUGUCUUUGAAAAAUGAAUGCUUGUAAAUAGUUUAUACAGAUAUUGAAUAUCCAUGUGAGAUGCUACAAGCACAGUAUUUAUCUUUGCUCCUCAGGAAGGAUUUGUACAUUGUUUGGAAUUUAUGAAUUGUUCCAAGAUCUUAUUUUGUCAAUAAUUAUGAAGAAUUUAUAUCUACUGUUGAACAAAACCAGAAGAACUUUCAAAUUCGGUACAUUGUCAUAUUCCCAUCACAGUGGAUGUCACUUGUCUCGACUAUUCACAGAAUGCACAAUCACACCUUAUAUUUGCCUCUACUUUCAAAACGAACGUAUUCUUCCAAACAUGAGGCAUCUUUUGAUUUUCAGUACAAAAUAGCUCCUCAUGCUUGUUGACAGUAAGUAAGACCACAAAAGAACCUAUUUAUUUUGGUGUUCCUCUGAAUCGCAGAGCUGUUUGCAGUCAGAGCAUAUUUCUGCUUACUGUGUCUAUAGUGCUAAUUAUGCAUGGCGCCUGUGUACACCGAGCACUGUUGUUGAUUCUCCUCAGAUGAAUCUGUUCUUUUGACUUGUGGAGGUGCAGAGCGUGUAUUUGGAUCACAGCUUCAUCUGUCUCCCAAUCCCCUGCUCCCACUUGUACGUCACCUCUGAUAAACAGUCCUGCUGCUCACUAUUGGAGACACUUCACGGUAGUCUAGCACUGUAAUGAGUGGAGAUGGAGUGCAUUUGAGUACCUGGUACUAGAAAAGGUUACGGCAUUGCCUACCAGUUCCAGAUGAAAGCUGUGAUUUAUGAAAAGUUUGGAGCAGUUUUACAAAUGCAGUAGUUUGGUAUACUAUACUGUUCCUGCUGUCUUUGGAAUGAAGUGUGUUGUUUAUGGCCUAAACAGCUGAAAUUAGAAGACACUCUGUAGUCUUGAAACACACAACACAGUAAACCUCAAAUGCCGAUGUGGCCACCUUCCCUGGGCCAAUUUUCAUGUAAAUCUGCUCGUGUUGUUUUAGUAUACUGAUUUAGUGUGAUUUACUGUGACAGCCGCAAGUAAUUGUAAUUGUUUACGCAUCCUUUUGGAGGCAUAAAUUAAAGGCAAACAUAACUCAAGU